UUUUAUAUCAAAUCCUUUUCCAAUGAAUAUUGAUUUUUAAAAGCUAUUUAUGAUGUGUGCUCACUGGGUUUCCUUGGGGUAAAUUACAAUGUUAAGCUUCACUGGAAAAGUUUCUGAACGCAACAGCAUUUCCGACCAAAUGAAGAAACCCUGUUAUUUAUCGAGUGGGCUGAGCCAGACGGUUACUAUGGGAAUCAGACACAACACAAGGUGACUUUUGUUUUUGUUGUGCGAGAGUUUCUCUGAUACAAAUACUUGUACUUCACACCAAGACAUGGAAUGUAAAAAAAAAAGUAAUCUCAUUAAUGGAGAUGGCUGAUAACUGAUGAACAUUUUACAAACGAUAAUGGAAUUGUACACGAAGAUUCUGUGUCUGGGAAGAGGUGGAGCAGCAGAAGUAUUCCUGAUGAAACACGCGGAGUCUAAGAGACUGCAUGCAGUGAAAAGAAUACAAGCAGACGACUCUCGCAAAACAAAGACGAAAGAGGCCAUCCUACAAGAGGCUGAAAUCAUCAGGAAGCUGAAUCACCCUCACAUAGUGACCUGCAGCGAGGCUCUCUUUGACUCAAAUGAUGGAUACAUCUAUAUAGUCAUGGACUACUGUGAUGGAGGGACACUGGAUGACAAAGUCAAGGAGAGAAAGACAGGGGACUAUUUCCCAGAGUGGAUGAUAAUGGAGUGGUUUGUACAGGUUACCAUGGCAGUCAGCUACAUUCACUCAGCUAGAAUCCUCCACCGGGACAUCAAAACCUCCAAUGUGCUUCUAACUAAGAGAGGCGUGGUAAAGGUGGGGGACUUUGGGAUAUCCAAGAUAAUGACCAACACAGUAGAUAUGGCUCGUACCUGUGUUGGUACCCCCAGCUACCUGAGUCCAGAGCUGUGUCAGGACGUCCCAUACAGUUCUAAGUCUGAUGUCUGGGCACUGGGAUGCUUGCUGUAUGAGAUCUGUUCUCUCAGACCGCCGUUUGCUGCCUCCAACCUGCUCAGUCUGCUCUCUAAGAUCAUCAGAGGAGAGUACAGCCCUGUUCCCCAGACCUACUCAGACAGCAUCACCCCUCUGGUCCAGAUACUGCUCUGUCCGGUGCCUGAAGACAGACCUAGUGCUGGAGCCAUACUGGACAUGAUCUAUGUACGGGAACAUCUCAGAGAGUUUGUCAAGCGCAGGGAGAUAGAGUUAGCACUGUAUGAUAAUGUAGACUCCAGGUCCAUACCCCUCUCUAGUUGGGUCUGUGAGUGUGUGAGAACAUCUGGCUCUGUGAGUUCACCUGCAGAUAAGAGCAUGGCCGUGACUGCAGAAUGGAAGGAGGACAGCAGCAGUGACAGUAACUCUGGACCACUUCUGCUCACACCUUCCUAUACAGGGGAAGAGGAGGGGGACAGUACAGAGCCCUGUCCCAGUGAUAAUGAGGAGGUAGAGGGUGAUGUGGUCAGCGUAGGCCAGUCUGACUACUCUGAGGACUUUGAUGACGACAACAGCUUGUCUUCCAUAGAGGAACACAGAGAGGACGAGGCAACCUCUACAACUUUUAACUCUGUCACGGAGGAUGUCUCUAUGGACGCUAAUGUGACCCCUGAAGUGGAGGACCCUAAUGAGUACCCUGAUGACUUUGAGGAGGAGGAAGACGAGGAUGUGAUGAUGGUGGUCCACUAUGCCGGCGCUGCUCUGGAGCUUUCUGCAGAGGGUGAUGGGGAGGAGUUUCAGCUGAGGGAUGCAGGGGGUGUGGCUGUCACACUGAAGACUCUGAGAGACAGCUAUAUCAUGGAGGGCGUCGGCCCCUCUCUCUACGAGCAAAUCAGCGAACACUUUGAGAACGGUCUCAGCCCUGAAGACCAGCAGCCACACUUUAAACACACACUGGGGACCUGACCAUCUGGAAAACUGCAAUCUCAUAUUCACUCUCAACCAAGAGGGUAAACUGUGUUAAAACAUUUUAAAUGGUGGAACCAACCUCCAAACCUGGACUUCUGAUGCACCAUGACAUUACCUGUAGGCCUACGAUGCAGCACGUUUAUGUUGGGGAAUGAUUUGUCAUCCAUCAUGGUUCAUAACAUUGUAAACAGAAGAGGCUUUUUAUCAGGCUUUUCAUUGAAACUGUGGAGGGGAAAAUACCCUGAGUUGCUGUGGCAGUUCACAGCCCAAACUGAUUUGAGGUUUCAUGACACCGGUAGCAAGUUAAAAGAUUUAGGAGAUACCACCUUGAAGUGUGAACAUCUGUGGGUAAGACUGUGAGAACACCCUCCUUCAAAAUACCUUGAUGUGAAGUAAGCAGAAAUCUGAAGGGGUUUUUGUUGGUUCCUCCUGGAGAGGCAGUGGAACUGUAGAAGGUGCUUGAAAAAGAAAGAAAAUUGAUUCACUUACGAUGUCAAGAAGAAUCUUUCCUUAUUUAUCUAUUUAAUUACUUCCAUGUAAAUGCAUUUCUAUGUUGUCUCAAUGUUUUACUUUACUUCAUGUACUACUGAAGAAGAAAUCCAAUUCAUUUUUACUGAAAUGUUUGGCAAUAUGCUAAACUCAGCAAAAAAAGAAACGUCCCUUUUUCAGGACCCUGUCUUUCAAAGAUAAUUCGUAAAUAUCAAAAUAUCUUCAUUGUAAAGGGUUUAAACACGGUUUCCCAUGCUUGUUCAAUGAACCAUACACAGUUAAUGAACAUACACCUGUGGAACGGUCGUUAAGACACUAACAGCUUACAGACGCUAGGCAAUUAAGGUCAGAGUUAUGAGACCUUUCUACUGACUCUGAAAAACACCAAAAAAAGAUGCCCAGGGUCCCUGCUCAUCUGCGUGAACGUGCCUUAGGCAUGCUGCAAGGAGGCAUGUGGACUGCAGAUGUGGCCAGAGCAAUAAAUGGCAAUGUCCGUACUGUGAGACUCCUAAGACAGCGCUACAGGGAGACAGGACGGAUAGCUGAUCGCCCUCGCAGUGGUAGACCACGUGUAACAACACCUGCACAGGAUUGGUACAUCUGAACAUCACACCUGCAGGACAGGUACAGGAUGGCAACAACUGCCUGAGUUAUACCAGGAACCUCCAUCAGUGCUCAGACUGUCUGCAAUAGGUUGAGAGAGGCUAGACUGAGGGCUUGCAGGCCUGUUGUAAGGCAGGUCGUCACCAGACAUCACCGGCAAAAAUGUUGCCUGUGGGCACAAACCCACCGUCACUGAACCAGACAGGACUGGCAAAAAGUGCUCUUCACUGACGAGUCAUGGUUUUGUCUCACCAGGGGUGAUGGACGGAUUUGCGUUUAUCGUUGAAGGAAUGAGCAUUACACCGAGGCCUGUACUCUGGAGCGGGAUCGAUUUGGAGGUGGAGGGUCCGUCAUGGUCUGGGGUGGUGUGUCACAGCAUCAUCGGACUGAGCUUGUUGUCAUUGCAGGCAAUCUCAACGCUGUGCGUUACAGGGAAGACAUCCUCCUCCCUCAUGUAGUACCUUUCCUGCAGGCUCAUCCUGACAGGACCCUCCAGCAUGACAAUCCACCAGCCAUACUGUUCAUUCUGUGCGUGAUUUCCUGCAAGACAGGAAUGUCAGUGUUCUGCCAUGGCCAGCGAAGAGCCCGGAACUCAAUCCCAUUGAGCACUUCUGGAACCUGUUGGAUCGGAGGGUGAGGGCUAGGGCCAUUCCCCCCAGAAAUGUCUGGGAACUUGCAGGUGCCUUGGUGGAAGAGUGGGGUAACAUCUCACAGCAAGAACUGGCAAAUCUGAUGCAGUCCAUGAGGAGGAGAUGCACUGCAGUACUUAAAUGCAGCUGGUGGCCACACCAGAUACUGACUUUUGAUUUUGACCCCCCCUCCUUUGUUUCAGGGACACAUUUUUCCAUUUCUGUUAGUCACAUGUAUGUGAAUCUUAUGUUCAUAUAAAUAUUUACACAUGUUAAGUUUGCUGAAAAUAAACACAGUUGACAGAGA